GAUCGAUUGUAUUAUAUUUCAAAUUUGGUGAUAUUUGAAGUACUUAUGGCAAGUUUUUUGCUUCACGGGACGCUUCAUGUGACAAUCUGUGAGAUCGACAAGCUCUCUGGAAAGGUUUUCAAGCCACUGAAAAACAUUGAAGAGGUUCUUGGAAUCAGAAAAGGUUUUUCAAAACUCUAUGUAACAAUUGAUAUAGAUAAAGCAAGAGUUGGGAGGACUAGAAUUUUAGAAAAUGAACACUCUGAUCCGCAAUGGAAUGAAUCUUUUCACAUUUACUGCGCCCACAUGGCUUCUAAUAUCAGAUUCUCUAUCAAACAUAAUAAUCAUAUUGGAGCAACAGUUAUUGGGAGAGCUUAUUUGCCUGUUGAAGAACUGCUAGAUGGAGAAGAAGUGGAUAGAUGGCUUAAUAUCGUGCAUCAUGAUCAUAAAUCUCUACACGGCGGUUCCAAGAUCCACGUGAAAUUACAAUUUUAUGAUGUCACUAGACAUAGUAACUGGUCCAGAGGGAUUCGAAGUCCUAAAUUUCCAGGAGUUCCUUACACAUUCUUUCCCCAGAGAAAUAGUUGUAGAGUUACUCUUUACCAAGAUGCUCAUGUCCCGGAUAAAUUUAUCCCAAAUAUCCCUCUUGCAGGAGGGAAGUUUUAUGAGCCACAGAGAUGCUGGGAAGACAUUUUCGAUGCAAUAACUAAUGCAAAGCACUUGAUUUACAUUACAGGCUGGUCUGUAUAUGCUAAGAUCACCUUAAUAAGGGACUUGAGGCGACAAAAACCAGGAGGCGAAAUGUCUCUGGGCGAGCUGCUUAUAAGGAAGGCCAAUGAAGGUGUCACAGUUCUGAUGCUAGUUUGGGAUGACAGGACUUCAGGUAAGUUACUGAAGAAUGACGGGGUGAUGGCUACGCAUGAUGAAGACACUGGAGCUUACUUCCAUAAUACUGGAGUCCAUUGUGUUCUGUGUCCACGUAAUCCUGAUAAUGGGCGAAGCAUUGUUCAAAACGUGGAGAUCUCUACUAUGUUUACUCAUCACCAGAAGUCUCUAGUUGUGGAUAGUGAAAUGCCCAGUGGAGCAUCAAAUAGAAGAAGGAUAGUAAGUUUUAUUGGAGGCAUUGAUCUUUGUGAUGGGAGAUAUGACACUCCUUUUCAUCCCAUUUUCGGGACACUGGACACAUUACAUCACAAUGAUUUUCAUCAACCCUGUUUCCCUGGUGCCUCAAUUGCUAAAGGAGGACCAAGGGAGCCUUGGCAUGAUGUCCACAGCCGAUUGGAAGGACCCAUUGCCUGGGAUGUAUUGUUCAAUUUUGAACAAAGGUGGAGGAAGCAAGGUGGGAAGGACUUGCUCGUUAAACUAAAAGAACUUGAUGAUAUAUUCAUACCUCCAUCUCCUGUAAUGUUUCCUCAAGACCAUGAUACAUGGAAUGUUCAAUUGCUUCGGUCCAUUGAUGGUGGAGCAGCUUUUGGCUUUCCAGAAACUCCUGAGGAUGCAGCAAGGGCAGGGCUGGUCAGUGGGAAGGAUAGCAUUAUUGACCGAAGCAUUCAGGAUGCAUAUAUCAAUGCCAUUCGUAGAGCAAAAGAUUUCAUCUACAUUGAAAAUCAGUAUUUUCUUGGAAGCUCUUUUUGCUGGAACUCAGAUGACAUUAAGGUUGAGGAGGUCGGUGCAUUGCAUCUUAUACCAAAAGAAUUGUCACUAAAGAUUGUUAGCAAGAUUGAAUCAGGAGAGAGAUUUACUGUCUACAUUGUCAUUCCAAUGUGGCCAGAGGGUAUCCCAGAGAGUGCAUCUGUUCAAGCAAUACUGAAUUGGCAGAAAAGGACGAUGGAGAUGAUGUAUACUGAUAUAGCUCAGGUCCUUCAAGCCAAGAACUUGGAAGCGAACCCGAAGGACUAUUUGUCAUUCUUUUGCCUGGCAAAUCGUGAGAGCAAGAAGAGUGAGGAAUAUGCACCUUCAGACACACCUGAGCAUAAUUCAAACUACAGUAGAGCUCAGGAAGCCAGGCGGUUCAUGAUCUAUGUUCAUGCCAAGAUGAUGAUAGUUGACGAUGAAUAUAUUAUCAUUGGAUCCGCCAACAUCAAUCAAAGAUCAAUGGAUGGUGCCAGGGAUUCAGAGAUUGCCAUGGGAGCAUACCAACCAUAUCACCUGUCCACCAAAGAGCCAGCCAGGGGUCAGAUUCAUGGCUUCCGAAUGGCGUUAUGGUAUGAACAUUUAGGCAUGCUUGAUGAUUCGUUUCUCCAACCAGCCAGCAUGGAGUCUAUUCGAAAAGUGAACGUAAUUGCAGAAAAAUACUGGCACAUCUACUCCUCCGAGGCAUCAGACCAUUGCUUGCCAGGCCAUUUGAUUAGUUAUCCCAUCUGUGUUAAAAGCAAUGGAGAGGUGACACAACGUCCAGGGACAGAGUUUUUCCCGGACACUGAAGCUCGAGUUCUUGGUUCUAAAUCCGAGAUACUUCCUCCAAUACUCACUACUUAAUUUCGUCACCCAAUUGUUGGAAAAAACAAAUUGUCUGAUACUGUCUUCUCUUAUAAUUGCUAAUAAAGUUCAUUUGGUCAGUACAUAAA